UAUUCUCAUCCUCUUCUCCGAGAUUCCCGUGUGAGGUGCGAACACUUGCAAGACCAUACAUAUUAUUUAUCAAGUGAGGCAGAUUAAGGUUGCUGGCCAGUGUGAUUGAAACCUUAUUCGGAUUCGGAAGUCGCUGAGCUCACUCGAUCAGUUUCCAGCAGACAGCUUCACCAAGAACCUUACACAAUUCUUCAGGAAGAUGAAAGUUUCGGAAGAGCAAGACCAGCCUGCCCCCGUCAAUCUGGCACACCUACCGGCUAUCACACAAGCAACCAGUGCAGCUAUCGGCUCAGUGAUCUCCAAUGCAAUCGUCUAUCCACUUGAUCUGGUUACGACUAGGAUGCAGACGAGACGGUUGAGAAGGACUGCGAAAAAUGCAAGGCCUAGCUUCGAUCGGCAGUCUUCCCUAGCAUCCCAGUUCUCGACCAGCUCCACUUGCACAUCAAUUCAAAGACGAUCGAAGGAUUACGAGACAUUAAUCGGAUCCUUCCGGACGAUCAUCCACCAAUCAGACGAACGCUCUUGGAACUUGCUCCUCAAGUUUUACGACGGCAUCCUCGUCGAUUCGAUUGCCACCUUGAUCAACAGUUUCAUCUACUUCUACAUCUACACCAACUUGAACAAGCUCAAUAUCAGAUAUAAGAAACACACUCAACGUAAGAUCGGCCCGCUCGAAUCUACCCUCGAGGAAAUCAUCUUGGGCUCGCUCACCGGAAUCGUCUCCAAAUUCUUCACCUGCCCCUUGAAUAAUAUCACCAUCCGAUUGCAAACUUGCUCCCCUUCCAAACUGUCUCGUUUGAGAUCCUCGCAUCCAUCGAGGAUCUUUUCUUCUCACCCUGACGAGCAUCAAGAUCCAGAUGGAAACAACUUGCCGGAGAAGAAGGAUGGAAAACGCUCUGAUAGGUUCUUAUCGAAGUCCGACUCAAGCUCAAGUGAAGAAGAUCAAGACGACGAAGAUGAGUCGAACUGGGAAGCGAAACACUCAACGUACAUUUCGUAUCUUGUGAACACGGUUCAAUCGAUCUAUGACGAUCGGGGCUACCGAGGCUUUUGGUCAGGCUUUGGAAAGAAUUGCAUCCUGACCUUGAAUCCGUCCUUGACGCUGUACCUGACCAAGCUGAUCAAACACCUUACGACGACGAGCGCGAGGAUGCGCGCGCCGGGUGGGACGAAUCCGGAGGGACUGCUGGUCACGUUUCUGAACUCGGCGAUCGCCUCGAGUCUGUCGACGAUGAUCACCUAUCCACUCAUGCUCUCCAAGACCUUGAUCCAAACCUCCCCGCCAUCCGCCCACCACCAACGACAACUUACACUCCUCAUCCGUUAUCGUCGCUUCGGCCUCCUCGCUCUCUAUACUGGCUUGCAGGCUAAACUCCUGAAGGUCUUCAUCGGCCAGGGAAUCACAAUGUCUAUCAAAUCGCAGAUCGAAACUCUCUUCGUCUCUCUCUCGAUCUUCCUUAAUCACUAUCGUCGUCGUCUUCCUCAGCCCUCAUGAAAGCUCCCUUCUUAUAAUAGCCUUCUUUAUGUUGAAAUCUAUCGUUCUGCCAACUUUUGUUUUUCACCUCCUGGUGUUCUCAAUAGGGUUUAGAACUAACCCACCUUACCUCUUUUUUUUCCUACUCUACAAAACCAUCUUUGUUGUAUAUUUUUCCAUUUUAUGUAUGUACAUCAUCUAGUGUAAAUCACUAAACAGCAAACAAAAAUUGUAG